AUGCCUAAUGGCAAACAACAGCAUGAGGUGACGGAACUGUCAUCUCCACCGGAAAUACCUCAUAUAACCGCCAAUAUGAUUCCAUUAUCAAAUAUAAUUAAAUACUAUACACAAGAAGCAUACAAACAAUUAACUACCGCCAUUGAGAAUUUAUCAAUGAAUGUGAAUGAAGAAUCAGAUAUCAAACGUAAAAAGUAUUUCUUGAAUGUUAUUAUUAAUUUACGACAAGAUUUCAUUAAAGUUUACACAUUGAUUAAAUGGGCAAGUAUAUCUAAAGAUGUUUCCAAAUUUAUUGAUUUAUUAAAUUGGUUCAGAAUCCAAGAAUUUCAUUUUGAAAAUUUAAUUUUUCAAUUAAAUGCUUUAACUGGGUAUAAUGCAGCAAAAUUACCCAAUAGUGAUAUCAUAACGGCAUUAGAAGUGCUAUAUCACGGCAGACCAAAAUUGCCAUCUUACAACUAUAUCAAAUCGGAUAAUUUGAGUCCACAGAAAAUUUUAGAAACGUUAAAUGAUUUGAAUUUGGUAUUAAUGACAAGAUUUGCUCUUAUGGAUAAUAUACCUAAACGAUUUGAUUACGAAAUUAAAGAUGGACGUGCGUAUAUUCGAGUUAGCAAUGAAUUUGAAGUAAGUAUCACCGUUGGUAAUGAUUUGAUUAUUGACAAUCCCGAAGAAUAUUAUAAAUCGCCGUUUUAUUUCAUUGAUUUUAAGUUUUUAUUUGGCGCUAAUCCAGAAUCUGGGUUAAUCACUUUUAAUGAUGAUAAAAUUUCAACUAAAUUACCAACGAGUCUGCAUAAGAAAUUGGAAAAACUAGUGAAUCAAACAUUAUUGACGCGUGGAUUACAAGGAUUAUACGAAUUAUUACAUAAAUAUUCCAAUUCAUUUAAAAUUUAUCUUCUUGCCAAACAAUUUCAAACUUUAUUAAUUAAUUCUCGAUGGAGAGGUAAUUUCCAAAUUAAUUAUCAAACUAAUAAAUCAUUGAUAGUCAUAAAUUAUUGGUCUCAACAUUAUUUAUCGAGAAAUUGGAAAUCAUUUAUUGAAUUAGGUAUUGAUUCUCAUUCUAAUUUGAAUUAUCGUUGGUUUAAAAAUGGUCAGUAUUGUUUUGGUGAUCAAGGAAAUAAUGAAUUGGAUAAAAUUUUCCAUCUUCAAAGAAGAAAUAGCAACAAUGGUGUGACAACAUCUUCGAACACCAUUUCGACUAGCGCCAUGAUUGCCGGAAUUAGAAGAUCAACAGAAUUAUCCAAUGAAACAGCUAUAGUGGAUGACAAUGACAAUGAUAAUGAUGAUACUAACAAUACCGGUGAAACUGAAAAUGAGGAUUUAAAUGUUGAUUUGAUUUUGAAUGUUGUUGUUAACCAACAUGCCAAAUCCAUAAUGUCAGAAAUUUAUUCACAAUUAUUGACUCGAUUUUCCGAAACUGAUGUAUCAAUGGUCAGUCCUCAUCAAUUGUUAUUGCAAAUAUCUCCUAAGAAAUCUACAGUUUUUGCAAUAAACCCUUUAACUGGAUUUUUCUAUUUUAUUGACCCAACUCCAAUUCAAACGUAUAUCACUAAGAAGAUUAAUUCACCACCACCAACACUAUCACAAGUUAGCAUUAAACAAUCAUUUAUACCGGAGAGUGAUAUGAUUAGCUAUGUGAUUGAUCAAAUUAUUCAAUUGAGAUUAGAAGUUUUCAAUAAGGAAGUCAAUACUAAAUUGGCUACGACUGCAUGGAUCAAUAAUGGUAUUAUCAAAUUAAGCGACCAUGAAUUGAGUAAAUUAACUCAAUUUUUAAUCCAAAACGAAGAACAGGAAGGUGAUGAUAAUGAAGAAGACAGUAGUACUAAUACAAGACUUGACUCAGUACUCCAGAGUUUCAAAGUGCAAUUUUAUCGUCGUAAAAACUGGCCAAGUUCAUGGUUUUUAAUUAAUAUGAUUAGUGGGGUUACCACUAAAAGUUUUUGGUGGGUAGCAAGAAUUAAAUCAAUUAGUGGAGAUUGGAAGAUUCAAUGGGCACAAAUUAUUAAGUUUCAUGGAGAUAAUGCCAAGCAAGAAUUGUCGCCAAAUGAAAGCAAAGUAUUUGACAAACCAAAAAGAACUGUUGAUUGUAGUAUUGAAUCUGAACAAUUGAAUUUUGAAUUUUUCAAAACAUUAUCCACAUUAUCAUCGAAUUUGAUUCUUGACCACAUGAUAUUAGAAGAGUUACAAGUGAGAAGUAUCAAAUUUAUUAAACUUGAUUGGGAAACUAUUGAUGACAAUAAGAUAUUCCUGAAAUUCAAACAAAACCAUGAUAUAUCGUUGAAAAGGAAAAAUUCCCACAAUAUCAAUAUUGAUGUUAAUGUUGAUGUUGCGGAUAAUACUAGUACCACCACUAAUACUAAAUAUAUUCGAGCACCCAAAUUGAAAUAUGAAUCAAUGUUUUUGAUUUACAAUGAUAAAUUGUUACCAAUUUAUAAUUCAGCGACGAUUUUAUUUUUAAAAAUUGAACUUGUUGAAUCGAAUAAGAUGUAUUUAAAAUUAUUUGGUAAUUUACGAAAUUUACAGAUCAAAAACACAUCGGAAGAUAUACAGAAAUUGCAUUUAAACAUUGAUGAAGCUAAUCAAUAUUUUGAGAUUGAUAAUACAGUUGAUUUAUCGACUGUUAUUAAUGAACCCAAAACAUUAUUAUUGAAUUUGAUUUUCAAUACAUUGAAUAAAUUGAAUUCCUUAAUUAAAAUAUUGGAUCAAUUGAACAAGAGCAAUGUUACAGUUUUAGAUAAUUCUAUGGAUAACAUUACUAUUAAUAUUAAGGACAAAUAUAAUGAUAAUAAUGAUAAAUUAAUUAUUAUUAAAUUACCAGAACAAGCUACUGAUUCAAUUCAAUUGUUGAUGAAGAAUGGCUCUACUACUACUACUGAUGAAAUUGAUUUGAGAAACAACAAUAUUUUGGAAUUUGAAUUGAUUUUGAAAUUUUUGAAUCAAUAUUUACGAGAGAGUAAACUGAAUAAUCAUAAUCGUCAACAAAUCAGCAUCAUCAAAAUAAUCCAAUAUUUGACAGAAAUUAAUCCAAUUUUACAAUCAACAAAGGCUAUUAAUCAACAAUUAGCAGAACUUAAACGGAUAAACAGUACCAACAACAACAACAAUAAUGCUAAAAGAAGGAGUAUUCUUAAAUUAUCAAAUGGAUUAUAUAAAUUAUAUUUCAAUUUAAACAUUAUUAGUUUGACUCAUUUACAAUUGGUUUUUUUCAUGAAUUCAAAUACUGGAUCAAAUUUGAAAAAGAUUCAAAGAGAUAAAAUUAUGAUCAAUUUGAGUUUGAUUAAAUUUGAUAGAUUUUCUAAACCAAAUGGAAAUUUUCAAGAUAGUACUAAUGGUCAUUUAAUUAAAAUAUCAUUUAAAGAUAGUUUGAUAAAUGAAAAUUUAAAAUUUAAAAAUUUAUUUGAAAUUAUCUUUAAAAAUAUUAAUGAAUUGUUAAUCACCAAAUCAAAACAAAUUAAAUCAUUAAACCAAACUGAGAAUCAACAACAACAACAACCACUAAAGCAAGAGGAUAAUAGUGACAGUGCCAUAAUUAAAAAAGAAUCGCAAUCAAUUGAAGAUGAUUUACUUGAUUUUGGUGAAUAUGAUAAUGAUAUUAAGCCUCAACAACAAGAACCACAACAAAAUGAAAAAGAAAAUUCAAAGACUACAUCAAAAGAAAAUGAAACAGUUAGACCUGAUGAUAUAUUGAUUAAAUUAAAUUAUGACUAUUUAUUAUCAAUGAAUAAUUUACAAUUAAUGAUAAAUGAAAUCACAAAAAGUUGUUUUCAAUAUUUACAACAACAGCAAGAGUAA